AUGCUUACAGUAGGCUAUGGAGAUAUAGUACCUCAAAAUGCUAAAGAAGUGCUUUUUGUCACCGUGGCUUAGUUUGUAAGUUGCGCUGUUUUCGCCUAUAGCUUCAAUUUAAUAGGGGAAUUAGUCAGGGAAUAGAAUAAAAAGUAGACUGAUUUCAAGAACGAGAUGAUUUUGGAGUAUUUCGGCAAGGGCGAGUGA